GUUCCCGCUUUCAGCAGAAAACACUAAUCCUGAUUAACGCACACACGCUGACAAUAUACAAAUUUACUAAUACAUCCUUAUUGACCUUUCUUUCAUGGAGUAGACCCUAUAUUCUUGUUCUCGAUUCACUUGGAGGCAUCCAUCCUGGGGUUUUCAGGAGCCUGCGGACAUAUUUACAGGAGGAGCUGCUGGCUAGGAAGAAAGUUGAUAAAAUUAUUGACGCCAAAGAAAUGCCCGGGAAGGUGGCAAAGUGCCCACAGCAGGAAAACUUUUGCGACUGCGGAUUGUUUCUACUACAUUAUGCUGAAAUUUUCUUAAAGCAUUCAGGGCCUCUUUUGGAUGGCAUUGUAAACAAAACGGACAAUAUGAACAAAUACUGGAAUGUGGGAGACCUAGCGCUUAAACGCCAAAAAUACCGGGAGCUCAUGGUCGAGCUGACGGAGCAGUACAAGACCUACCUAUUUUCGCAAAAGCAGAUCGAGCAGAUUAAGGAGGCGAAAGCAGACCAAACGCGCGCGCUACCGCAGGAGAACGACCUACACCGUGAGCAGGACUGGGAAAGGAAACAAAAUCAGCGCCAGGGUCAGCACCAGGGUCAGCACCAGGGUCAGCACCAGCAUCAGCGCCAGCAUCAGCACCAGCACCAGCACCACUACCAGCACUAUCAGUACCAGCAACACUGACAUCAGCAACAACCACACCUGGAAAGCAGCAGGUCAGACGUUGCGAUGGAAGAAGAAUAGGGUCUGGGCUAUCAACCAGGCUGAGCGCUGAUACCAUAGAGGAAGAGUACAGGCAGCCCAGUG